AUGUCGAAAAACCUCAUCCAUCAGACAUGGUCGACGUGGCGAGACUGGAUAACCCCAGUCUCUCACACCUCCACCUUCCGAGAGACGGGCAAGAUCACACCGGAGGAAUUUGCCGCAGCCGGCGACUACCUCGUCUACAAGUUCCCAUCGUGGCAAUGGUCUGAAGCGUCGACACCCGCUCAGCAAGUGCCGUUCCUCCCACCGAACAAGCAGUACCUGGUAACUAGAGGGGUGCCUUGUCAUCGUCGACUGAACGAUAAUUUCGCCGGUGAUUUACAGGAUGAUGUCAUCAUCCAAGAUAUGCUCCGCGCCGGAGCUUCGGGGAGCGGCGAUGGAGAUGAUGACGGAUGGUUGCAAACUGGCGGUAAACGCGAGUAUGCCGAUUCGCAAGAGGCCAAGAGGAAGGAUAUCCGCACUGUCGAUGAAGCGGGUAACGUAGGCGACCAGGUAGAGGACGACGACGAGAUUCCUGACAUGGAAGACGACGAUGACGAUGAGGAGGCAAUCAUACGAGACCCGUCGGGCAAAUCGGGCACGACAGCACCCCUCCGGACGUAUAAUUUGUAUAUCACCUAUGCCAACUACUACCGAACGCCGCGACUAUAUUUAUCGGGAUAUCUCUCACCCUCGGAGCCACUACCGCCACACCUGAUGAUGGAGGAUAUUGUCGGCGACUAUAAAGAUAAAACAGUGACACUAGAAGAUUUCCCAUGGUUUGACACAAGCCUGCCCAUGGCCACGGUCCACCCUUGUCAACACGCAUCAGUGAUGAAAAUUCUCCUCGACCGUGCAGAUGCAGCGCUCAAACUGCGACGAGCAAAGCUACGUGAAGCACAAUCUGCUGGAGAAGCGUCUAAUAUUAAAGUGGAUAGUGGCCUUGAAGGUUUAGUCGAUGACACGAGUAAACUUUCGCUUGCGGAGCGGCAGCGAGGACCACAUGCAGCAUCAUCAGGUGGAACUGCAGGUGAUGAGUGGGAAGUGCUGCAGCAUGAAGAGAAUGGUGAAGAGGAUGAAUUGCAGUCGGCGAUUCGCGUUGAUCAAUAUCUGAUUGUGUUUCUUAAGUUUAUUGCGAGCGUUACGCCGGGAAUAGAGCAUGAUUUUACGAUGGGGGUGUAA